AUGACGGCGAGAACUCUCUGCGUCUCCAUCUCGACGACGACUUUCCUUCUGAUGACGUCACUCAUCGCGUCAUCCGUUCUCUUCCAUGACGUCACCAACCUCUUCAAUGAGCUACAUGACGAGAUGAGCUUCUUGAAGGUCUGUACGAGGGAAAAAGAGAGCGCAGACGGUCAGAGUUCAGACUCACACGGAUGACAUCUGGACAUCGAUGGUCGUGCUGAGAGAAGACGUGGACAUCACCAGAAUUCGUCGCGACUACGACGGAUACAGUAAUAAAGAGAACUACUGUAGGACUUCUGACGAAUUUCCAGGAGCCGCCGUCAUCGUAACCGGCGACAGUGAGGGCGAGUCGUCUGGAGAAUUUCCGGAUGACAUCGGACGUCCUCCGAAGCUUCAAGGCCUUCAGCCGUGCUCCUGCUCCAUCGUUCCUUGUCCUCCAGGUUCGCCUGGAGACGUUGGAGCUGCAGGUCAUGACGGUUUGGAUGGAUUGGAUGGAAUCGAUGGUCUGGAUGGAAAUGAUGCCUUGGAAGGGCCGAUGAAGGUGAGAACCUCUGAGCGGUCAAAAUCCCUUUCAUCCCUGAAGUGGCUACUUGAAUGUUAUUGAGGGAUCCUAGAGAUGUUUCUGUAGUCUUCGACCUCUCAAGGGGCCACUCGAUCUUCCGUACAUGGUAUCUCAAAGAGUAUCAUAGGGUCUUUUUUUAGUAACCACUUCCAUUUGUUCAGUUUUUUCGACGAAAAGUGACAAAAAUUCUUAAGUGUCCCCUUGGCUCUUUCCAAGUGAGAAAGAAUGAAGUUGACUCUUCUCGGAAGUGGUCCCUUGAGGGUCAAAAUUUUAUAGUACUUCGAGUGGCUACUGUAUUCUUAUGUUGAAGUGAAGACUUAGGAAUUCCAAAGUGGUCCCUAUAGGGGUUUAGGGUCUCUUCUUAGGCUCAAAAGCUCGAGUGGACCCUAUAGGGGUCUUUCAAUUUCAUUCAUUUUUAUCAUGGAAAUGCUGCUUCGCUUAGAGUUGAUAAGAAUAAUCGAUCAGCAUGUCCCUUAUAAGGACCACUUUUUAGUGGCCUUUAUAGAGGUUGGUAAAGUGGUCCCUAGAGGGGAAUCCCCAAGGGCCCAUAAUCUUGCCCUAUAGGGACCACUCCAGAGUUCCUAAAGCUGCUGAACUCCAAAAUUUUCCAACUCCAGGAGCCAGUCUCGAUGAAGAUCUACUGUCCGACAGGGCCUCCAGGAGAAAUGGGAGCGCCAGGAUUCCGAGGAAUGCGAGGCCUACGAGGGCCGAUCGGAACUCCAGGAGCGCCUGGCUUCAACGGGAAGCCCGGAAUGCCCGGCGAGAUCGGAGCCGUCGGAGCUCCCGGUCUCGACGGUCCGCCUGGAGAGCGAGGAUCCAAGGGGAAUGACACUGAGGCUUACUUCUACCGUCCUGGGCCCAAGGUUCUUAUUUUCAUGUUCUUUCCAUUUCCUGUCAUACAAGGCUGCCAAUAACUUCAUUUUUCUCAAAGAAAAUUUUCAGGGAAUACCCGGAGAACCGGGACCCGAAGGGGAGGAAGGACCCUUGGGACUCCCUGGACCUGGCGGUGAGCCCGGACUUCCAGGGUUCCAAGGAAUGGCCGGACUACGAGGGGUCGAUGGAGCCCAAGGUCCGAUCGGACCUCAAGGAGCUCCAGGUCGGCAAGGCCAUGAUGCCGAGGUGGGUCUUCUUUUUGAACCUUUUCUUUUGAAUUUAUUAAAAAGCUGACCUCAAGCUACAAGACCGUCAUAAAAACCCAUAUGCCAUUUCUAGAAAAACCAAAAUAUUCCAUAAAAUGUGACUUUCAACUUCUUUUCAGUACUGCAACUGUCCGCGGCGUGAAGAUCCGCUCCUCACACAUUGA